GGUUACGCGCAGCCUGCGAUGUCCAAGGAACGCGGCAAACAGCGCACCGUGGUCUCUAGCAACCGCAGGUACGAGCGCGGCACUUACGGACCGGAGGGCGGCUCGGUGGAUGCCUUCAGCGAGGAGGACACCGUCUACCACCUCGACUACCUCCUGGGGAAACUUAAAGACGAGGACUUUGACAGGCGGCGCAAGGCGGCGGAGGCCAUUGCAGCGUACGUCGGCGACUCCCUGGAUCUCCUGCCCAAGGAGAUUGAUCCGCACCCUGCCGCGGUGCUGACAGAAUCCAUAUCGGCGCCCCGGGCGCAGAAGGGCAAGGUGUUGGACGGGAUCAGGGCGCUCGGAGUCAUGGGCAGCUGCGCGGCGCCCUACCCUCGGCGGCGGUGGCCAGGCACGUUAGAACGGGCGACUUCGACAUCAAGUUCGGCGCACUGCGGACCCUGA